GAGUCACCCAGUGACUGUCUCCUUCUGCCCCAAGCGCUGACUGGGGGGGACCUCAUCUACAGCUUUCCCAGGGGCCCCGGGCCCCCAUCCUGUACAUCCAGGUUCUUACAAAAAUAUCCAGUUUCCUGGGGGGGAGCCGACUGUAAGAAGAUUUUUGGCCCCCGGAUACCGGAUUCUGAUUUCUGAGGUGGGAAAUGUUGGUUGUGUCGUGAGUUUUUGACGCAUACAAGUCAGAAAUCUCCAUAAAACUAAGUGGAAUUACACACCCACCUCUGGCUUUAGGUGCAGAGCCCCCCUCAUUGGCAGGACGAAGAGACGUUGGGAGAAGGACGUCCCCCCAUGGGUCUGAGCGGCGCCGCAUUGUGGUGGCUUCUUCUAUUGUUCUUCCUAUCGGUCCAUCCAGCAAACACAGCGGUGCAAUCCCAGCAGGAGUGCCGGCCUGACUGCCCCCCUUUCAGCCACUGCUCGGGGCACAAUGGGACCCCCCACUGUCACUGUGACUUGGGAUUUUACUUCGAUCCAGUGUUUGGCUGUGUUAUAGCCAGAACAUUCCCGGCCCGGGUCUCCCUCUCAGCCCUGAUGUGGGACCCCAACAACCUCUCGGCCGAGCCCAACGUGAGCGCCCAGUUUCAGGGAAUCCUGGGAAACAUAGAGGGAUAUCUCUCUACAUCUGUAUCCAUGGAGCACUGGGAUGGCGGCAGUCACGUGACAGUCCUGCAUCACUUUUCCACCUUCUCUGCAGUCACGGAGCAGAUGCUGAAUGAGACAGUCUCGCUGUGCCCGGGGCAGGAUGGGGGCUGCGCUGUGCCCCUCCCGGGGGGCUCCUACAAGGUUCUGAGUCUCUGUGACUUUGCCCCGUGUGACCCUCUCUCCAGCCUCCCCCAGUGCCACCGCGGCUUGGUGACCUGCCCCUGCCGACUGGGGUACUAUAAGUUCAGCUCGGGGGACCGGGCGUGUACAGUAUGUACCAGUGGGUUCCGUUGGGAAGACAGCAGCUGCCAGAGGUGUCCCUUUGGGUUUACGGGAUUUAAUUGUGAUGAACCCUUCCUGCUGAGCCUCGUGGUGCAAAGUGGCCUCUUGUGCCUCCUAGUGGCUGCCUGUGUAUCCCUCCUCAUUCUGUACUCCAGAAGGAAGAAGUCCCAGAGGCCCAAACUCUUUGAUAUUGGGGUGCCAGGUCUCCCCUCCGACCAGCGAGUCCUCUCAUUGCCCAGAGCCCAGUUCUCCUGGAGAAGAGACUGGAAGUGGGAUGAGCCAGCGGGCAAUGCCCUCGGAGAGACAGGAGAGUCGGACCACAUUCCAGAACCUUCAGAUAUUCAGCUAAAAACCUUCCACACCCCGAGAUCCACGGUGUCCGACGUGUGUCUGGGGAGCCACAACCUGGGGUUCAUCGGCGACUGUGACCCUAAAGCUCCAGGGGCAGAAUGAAAGCCACACCCCCCUGCUCAGUUCCUAUUUGGUGAUCUGAUUCUGCUGGAUAAUGGAACCUCCAAUCCUUGAUACGUUUGCCCUGGGCACAGUUUGCACUGCAUGCUGGGAUAUGAAACCCACCACAGAUCUGCCGAGACCCCCGGGGUAAUGAAGGAGACAUGGUGGAAUCCACAAAAACGUUGGAAAGGAAAAGUGGAAUAAAAUGUUGUUUGUGCGCCUU